AGUUUAGGUCCCUCCAAAACUCUUCGUCCAACUCAAGAGCCACCAGUACCAUUCUCCACCACCCCAACAAACACAUAGCCACAAACUGAAACUCAGAGUCCAAAGGUACAAAGUGUAAAAAGAAACAGAGCUAAUCCAUCUCUCUACGUCUUUUAAGAGACUCCCCCUUCUUGAUUCUUACGAAAAUUUCUCACCUUUUAUCCUUCAAAUGGAUUGUUGGUCUCCUUCUCUCGCAAUGGAUGAUGAGUUUGAGAAGCUCGUGAUUCGAAUGAACCCUCCGAGGUUUAUAGCCACAUGGGUAUGUGAUGCUGUUUCUUUUUCGAUCCUUUGAAUUGCAGGGUUACUGUCGAUAAUGCGUCGAGCAGGAAAGCCACUUUGAUUAAGGUCGAUAGUGCAAAUAAGCGAGGUAGCUUGUUGGAGGUGGUUCAGGUUUUGACUGAUUUGGAUCUUAUAAUUAGACGAGCUUACAUUUCUUCUGAUGGGGAAUGGUUCAUGGAUGUGUUUCAUGUCACAGAUCAACAUGGGAAUAAGCUCUCGGAGGAUGAUGUGGCUGAACGAAUCCAACAGUCGCUGGGACCAAGAGCACGCAGCUUCCGGUCCUUGAGACGGUCUGUAGGUGUCCAAGCUGCUGCAGAAAACACAACCAUAGAAUUGACAGGAAGAGACCGCCCAGGCUUGCUUUCAGAAGUUUUCGCUGUUCUCACUGACCUCAAAUGUAACGUGGUGGCUGCAGAAGUCUGGACCCACAAUUCACGAAUGGCAUCAGUUGUUUACAUAACAAAUGAAGCUACCGGAUUACCUAUUGAUGAUCCUGAUAGACUCGCUAAGAUCAAACAUCUCCUCCUAUAUGUUCUGAAGGGAGAUAGAGAUAAACGGAGUGCAAAUACGGCUGUAUCUGUGGGUUCCACUCACAAGGAAAGGAGGUUGCACCAAAUGAUGUACGCUGAUCGUGAUUACGAUAUGGAUAAUGCCGAUUGUGGAUCACCAAGUGAACGAAGCAAACCUCUUGUAACAGUAGAAAAUUGUGCAGAUAAGGGAUACACAGUUGUGAACUUGAGGUGCCCUGACCGCCCUAAGCUGCUCUUUGAUACUGUGUGCACAUUAACAGAUAUGCAGUAUGUUGUAUAUCAUGCGACUAUCAUAGCUGAAGGGCCAGAGGCUUAUCAGGAAUAUUAUAUCAGGCAUGUGGAUGGGUCCCCUAUUAGUUCUGAAGCAGAGAGGCAAAGAGUGAUCAACUGCCUGGAGGCAGCUAUUAGAAGGAGAACUCCUGAGGGUAUGAGACUAGAACUUUGUAGUGACGACAGGGUUGGCCUUUUGUCUGAAGUGACCCGCAUAUUUAGGGAAAAUGGUCUCUCGGUCACUCGAGCAGAGGUAACGACCAGGGGUUCACAGGCUGUGAAUGUUUUCUAUGUGAUUGAUGCAUCAGGACAUCCAGUGAAGAGCGAAACGAUUGAAGUAGUUAGAAAAGAGAUUGGACUGACUAUACUCCGAGUGAAGGACGAUGCUCAAUCAACUCCUCCCCAAGAAAAUGGGAGAUUCUCUUUGGGUAAUCUGUUUCGAUCUAGAUCAGAGAAGUUCCUUUACAACUUAGGUUUAAUAAAAUCCUAUUCUUGAGCAGCUUAUUAGCUGAAAGUAGGUUGUUUCAGGUUGUGUACAUUGUUAGUAUAGUUUGGCAUAGCAGCAAAGAUUAUAGGUUUAGGUCAAUCAGGUGUUGAUCUUUGGAUGAUUCCUGGACUUGCAGCAAAUUUCAAGUUGUAAAUCUUCAUGUGAAUAUCUUUUCAUAUAACUGUUGUAUUUCUGUGUGGGGAAUCUAUGAGCCAUGGGCAUAAACAAGAAAUUUCAAUGUCAUAUCAGGGAGCAGCCAGGACAAGGCUCUUUGUCUCA